AUGAUGUAUUUGGGCUCAGGCUUGUGUUGUGUCGGGGCGCUGGCAGGCCUCUCUGCUCAGGGCACCAGUCGUUUGGGGAACGCCCUGGGCAUGAUGGGAGUGGCGGGGGGCAUUGCUGCAACGCUCGGUGCCCUCAAACCUUCACCAGAGCUGCUGUCUCAGAUGUCUCUGGCCAUGGCCACAGGAGGAACCCUGGGUCUGACCAUUGCCAAGCGUAUUGAAAUCUCAGACUUGCCGCAGCUCGUGGCAGCCUUCCACAGCCUUGUGGGGCUGGCGGCCGUUCUCACCUGUGUUGCCGAGUUCAUGAUUGAGUACCCCCACCUGGACACUCACCCAGCUGCCGGCGUACUCAAGACUGUGGCGUAUCUGGGCACCUACAUUGGAGGCGUCACUUUUAGCGGCUCACUGGUGGCCUACGGCAAGCUUCAAG